AUAAAUCAUAGAACGAAACACAAAAUGUAUUUAAAUUAAGAGAUGAGCUGCUUUAUUCCCGCAAUGUUAAUCCUCCGGAUGGCAGGGGCGCUAUUGUUGAUCUAGUCACUAUUUCUUAAAUACCAAGAAGCCUGUCAGCAGCCUUCAAGCAAGAAGCUGGACAAUGAAUCCAAACAAGCAGAGAUACCCUGGUCAAAGGCUGCAGACACAUCCGGACGUAGACCAUCAGAGUGGUGUCAACAACAGCAUGGAGCUGACUGGGAUAAACAGUGACUGGGACACCUACUGUCAAUAUUCAAGAUACACUGCUGUGGAGAUGCGCAGCAACAGUGAGAGGUGGGGGGAGGCUAACCCCCCUUCCCAGAGCUAUGGUGUGGACUCAUUAGUUAUGGAUGUGGAAGACUUUGAGCUGGUGAGAAAGAGGAAAGAGCUACAAGAAAUAGAGGAGCGAAUUAUGCAAAAGAAAACUGCCAUUGCCAUUAAAACUGUUGGACUACUUGUGAAGAACCCAACGCCAGCAGGAGUUUCUUCUGAUGAGCAGCUGAAUAUGUGCACAGCAGAAACACUGAAAAACAGAGUGAAGAAGAUUUUGCAGCAACGACCUUUAAGCAUUUUCUCUCAGGUCCAUUUACGUAAAGCGAGAUUAAAGUCAUCUGUUUUGAAGAAAAGCCGUUUGCUGCAGGAAGAUCAUCCGCUGAAGCUCAGAGUUAUGAUGCUGAAGCAGAAGCUUAAUGACCCUUGCAUCUCUCCAGCUAACAGGGAGAAGGUCCCUGAUGUUCCACUGCCUCCUACCAGCGGGGGUAUUACUUCGCCAAAUGAGGGGGAAAUCAGCUCCAACAAGGGCUUCGAACGUUUCCUCAGUGUUCUGAACAAAGGAGCGGCUGACAACUUGAUAGAUAUGGUCCCUGAUGCUCCACUGCCUCCUCCCAGCCAAAGCCUUACCUCACCAGCAAAGGAAGAGAACAACAAGGGCUUCAAACGAUUCCUCAGUUUACUUCACAAAGGAGGAGACGGCACCUUAAACGACGUGGAACCUACAGCCCUUCUCCCGCCUCCCAGCCAGAGUGUUACUUCACCAGCAGAGGAGGAGGACCGCUGCAACAAAGGCUUUGAGUGUUUCCUCAUGUUACUCAACAAAGGAGGCGACAGCAUCUUCAGUGGCAAGGUACCUGAUGACCCACUGCCUCCUCCAAGCCGGAGCAUUACUUCACCAGAAAAGGGGGAGAAAAGCGUUGCAGAGGGUUUUGAGCGCUUCCUCAAUGUGCUCAACAAAGGAGUUGACAUCAACUUUCUUAGGAGGAUUGUCAACGAUGACGGAGAAGACCUACUAAACUUCCAACCUCCUGAUGUAAAGAGCAAGUCUGAUCUGCCCUUCAGGAGUGAAAGCCAGUGGUCGGACAGCAGAGCCUCGCAGCCAGGCUGCAGCAGGAGCAGCAUGGGGCCAAAAACCGAGUCACUUACUCAAGAACAAUCUUUACCUAAUCCUAAAGAGACAAUGACAAACAAAAGAGAAUGCACUUUGGACUCUACUAGCCAAUCAGAAUCUCCCAGGGCAGCAAAGAAGCUGAAGGAGAGGAAAGAGGAAGAAGAUGGACCAAAGGUUGAUGAAACGCAAGAACAGCUGCAGAACAUCCUUAAAAGUCUGGGCUUAAACCUGGGGGUGGAGGAGAUGAGCAAACUUACAGACCGCACUCAGGAGAGGCUGUAUGGAAAGAAGAUUGAAGGCAGGCCGAUGGCUGACAGCAGAAAGGAGGAGAGUCAUCAAAAGCGCUCUCCCAGGGCUUGUACUAGUUCAUCCUCCUCAUCCUUCUCCUCAAGCUCUGGGUCAGCCUCUAGAAGCCGUAGUUGGAGCCAAUCACCCUGUCUCCGCAGCAUAGAAUCAACAGACAAGCGAAAGUCUGAGCGCAGCCGCUCUCGUAAAAGCAGCAGAGCUGGACCGAAAGCCCGGAGGAAGUCCUGCAACAAAGCGAAGAGGCCCAGUUCCAGAAACCAAACUUUUCCUCACUCUACUGUAUUGUACCAGUAUUCCCAUUACACAGACUGCCACAGCAAAACCUACAGAGGCGCAGCAAACUGGUCAUACGCUCAGAAUAACACUGUUCCUCCCUCUCCUGUUUUUGAGCAGCCCUGUUACCCACAACACAGCCGGGAUGAGUCUGAAAUGACACGCAGACUGAAGCACCCUCAUCCCAAACAUUUCCAUCUCAAAGAUGUAAGCUCACUAAUGAAUCCAGACCUGUCUGCAAGUGAAGGACAGACUGGAUCAGCCUCUGGUCCACGCUGCCUGAAGGUUGUCAAGACUGAGCGGCCAUCUGAGCACCCUAUGAUGGAGCUAAAAAAGCACCAGGAAGGGCAGAAGCACAUGAGUCAAAAAAAGAUGAAAAUGAUAAAGGAACUGUUAGAAAACCAAAUGCAGUAUUCUUUAAAUAGAGAGAAGGUGGACAGACCGUUAUUCACAGUUACCUCACAGGUGGAAGCCUCACAGGACGAUGAAGAUCAUAACACAGAACGAUCAGAACAGGAAAACCCUGAACCAACAGAGGAAGAAAUAAAGGCUAACCUGAGGAAAAAGCUUCAAGCAUUUAACCAAAAGGUGAAGGACAGUAAUCAGGUCUACAACGCCAAAGCCAUGCAGCCGGAAUACUCUUUGAACCUUGAGCUUAGUUAACGCAUCUGUGGACUAAAGAAAGUCGUGUGAUUCGGUUAUGAGUCCUGGGAGAUCACAAGCUUCUAAUUUUAACACUCAUUAUUUACAUAUGAAGGGCAUGUUGUAAAAGACCAUUUUGAAGAACAUUUUUUCCACAUUUGUACUGAAUUAUUCCUGAACCCUAAAAAUAAACGACGUGCUUCCCAGAAGGAUAUUUUUGUGUAAGAAAUCAUUAAGACAGGUUUUACUUUACCUCUCUGUUUCUGUACCUCUGUGUCUCUGUUUGGCCUUUUUUCUCUUUUAUAAAUUUAUGUGUUAAAUAUAUUUCGUAGGCUCUGUUGCAGUUUGUCACUGAACCAUAUUUUUUAUUCGCAGAAGGAUUUUUGUCAUAUUAUUGGCUGUUCUCAUUCUUGAGUAAAGAUGCUUCUGAAAUAAAUCAAACCAUAGUUUUUGUCACAUUUUAUGGUCAUGGCUGGUUUCCUGUGGGGCAAAUGCUUAUUUAUAUGCUUUAGGUGUCUAAUAAUCAGCCAGUUCAUUGAUUGAGAGAUGUGAGGAAGUGAUAUAUACUGUAACUUCUGAAUAAGUUUUAAUAUUUUAUUCAAAACUGCUCAGAUUUUACCUACAUCGUGUGAUUUUCACCAGCAAACUCAAGUUAGCCUUCAACUUUGUAGCUCCAUUCAAAAUAAAAACAAGAGCAAAACCCACACCACCAUGAAGAAAUGAUGAAAUCAAGAAACUGAAACCAAAGAGAGCAGAGAGGAAGACCAAAUUAAAUCCAUUUAGAAAUGUUUCAUGAACAACCCUAAAAUCUACAAUAAUACAGUUAUAACUUAUUUAAACUGUUUUUACCUGAGGAAACACCAGUUCAAUCCUGGUUGAUGCAAAGAUGUUUGGUUGAGUUUUCUUCAAAUUAAAGCCAAGAACCUGCAUUUAGAUCCCAGUCCCACGUGACUCAAAACAUUUCAUGGUUUCUGCUGCCUGUUAAACAGCAGUGGUGAGGCCUCUUCUGAAGAACAGUAGUUUAGACCCAAACAUUCAUGAUAACUACUGACUCUAUAAAACUUUAAGUUUCUAAGUAAAAUAAUUGAAAAAGCUUCUUUUUUUUUUUUUUAAUCUAAACACAAUAUUUUAGAACAAUAUCAGUCUGGUUAUAGAACAAACCACAGUACCAAGACGUCCCUUUUAAAGACUGUUAAUGACAUCAGGUGUAACUUGGACUCUCAGAAACUUUCUGUCCUGGUGAUGUUGAAUCUUAGUCUGAUACAGUAGAUUUUAUUAGAAAGACUCUGGUGGGCAUCUCAGGUACUGUUUUUAAAUGGUUUUACUCCUAUCUUGUGGAUCUAUGGAUUUUCAUAAGUAUGGAUACAUGCUCCUCAAGUACCCAUAAAAUAUGGGGGUCCCCAAGGAUCAAUUUUAGGUCCAGUACUGUUUUAUCUGUGCAUGUUGCCUCUUGGGGAUGUCUUC